GCCAAUGUUUCCAACCCGACCCGCAAAUACCCUUGACAUGAACAGAGAGAGAGAGAGAGAGAGAGAGAGAAGCACACGGCAACAUGUAUAACUAACCGUCUGCUUCAUGUCUAAUCCGUCAAUUUGAUCAAUUCCUCGAAAAGCCAAGACUCCCUCAAUCAGCUUUAAUGAGCUCACAACUAUUGCCCACCACCACCACACCUCUCUCCACCACCACCAUACCACCACCACUCUCACCACCCCACACUUCCCAAAGAACCCACAUCCCAACCCAUGUCUACACCCAUCCUUCAGCUAUCCUCCUCGAGCUCUGCACUUCCAUGAAAGAACUCCACCAAUUCAUCCCCCCAAUCAUCAAGCACGGCCUCUACAAUGAGCACUUGUUCCAGACCAAGCUCGUCAGCCUCUUCUCCAAAUUCGGCAGCUUAAUCGAAGCCUCUCGUGUUUUCGAACCCAUCGAACACAAAAUCGAUGCUCUUUACCACACAAUGCUCAAAGGGUAUGCUCAGAAUUCCUCUUUAGACAAUGCUUUCUCGUUCUUUUCACGAAUGAACUAUGAUGGUGUUCGACCCGUUAUUUAUAAUUUUACGUAUUUGUUGAAAGCUUGUGGGGAUAAUUCGGAUCUUAGAAAGGGUAAGGAGGUUCAUGGACAGUUGAUUGUUAAUGGGUUUGAGUCGAAUUUGUUUGCCAUGGCUGGCGUUGUGAAUUUGUAUGCGAAAUGUAGGUUGGUUAAUGAAGCAUACAAGAUGUUUGAUAGAAUGCCCGAGAGAGAUUUGGUUUGUUGGAAUACUAUUAUUGCUGGGUAUUCGCAGAAUGGGUUGGCGAAGAGAGCCUUGGAAUUGGUUAUUCGGAUGCAAAAUGAAGGGCAUAGGCCUGAUCAGGUCACGAUUGUCACGGUUUUACCUGCUUGCGCUGAUAUUGGGUCCUUGAAAACUGGAAAAUCAAUUCAUGGUUAUAUUGUGAGAAGUGGAUUUGAAUCGCUUGUGAAUGUGUUAACUGCUUUGGUUGAUGUGUAUUCAAAAUGUGGGUGUGUUGGGGCUUCUCGAAUGAUUUUUGAAAGUAUGCAAUACCGGACUGUGGUUUCUUGGAAUUCGAUGAUGGCUGGGUAUACCCAAAAUGGGGAUUCGAAGGAAGCAUUGGCACUUUUCGAGCAGAUGUUGAAUGAGGGGGUAGAACCGACCAAUGUCACGAUUAUGGAAGUUUUACAUGCUUGUGCUGAUUUGGGUGACAUUGCAAAAGGGCAAUUCAUACAUAAAUUAGUACAUCAAUUGAACCUUUUGUAUGAUGUUUCCGUGAUGAACUCUCUCAUUUCAAUGUAUUGCAAGUGUAAACGAGUUGACAUUGCUGCUCAAAUAUUUGCAAAUUUACAAGGUAAAACACUCGUGUCCUGGAAUGCCAUGAUAUUAGGGUAUGCGCAAAAUGGGCAUGUAACCGAUGCCUUAAAUCACUUUUGCAAAAUGCACCAGAAAAAUAUUAAACCAGAUUCGUUCACAAUGGUCAGUGUGAUUCCCGCACUUGCUGAGUUGUCAGUUCUACGUCAGGCAAAAUGGAUCCAAGGACUUGUGAUAAGGUCUUGUUUGGACAAGAAUGUUUUUGUGAUGACUGCUCUUGUGGACAUGUAUGCAAAAUGUGGCGCUGUCAGUACUGCAAGAAAGUUGUUUGACAUGAUGGAUGUGCGACACGUAACGACCUGGAAUGCUAUGAUAGAUGGUUAUGGUACACAUGGGCUUGGAAGAGCUGCUGUAGAAUUGUUCAGCGAAAUGCGAAAAGGGGCUAUAAAGCCAAAUGAUAUAACAUUUCUAUGUAUUAUUUCAGCUUGCAGCCACUCAGGUCUUGUAGAAGAGGGGCAAAACUGUUUCACCCUCAUGGAGGAACGUUAUGGCAUAAAGCCUUCGAUGGAUCAUUAUGGAACCAUGGUUGAUCUACUUGGUCGAGCUGGAAAGCUCAAUGAGGCUUGGGAUUUCAUUCAAAAUAUGCCUAUAGAGCCCGCAAUUAAUGUUUUUGGAGCCAUGCUGGGUGCCUGCAAGAUUCAUAAAAAUGUCGAUUUUGGGGAGAAAGCAGCUAACAAACUGUUUGAACUAGAUCCUGAUGAAGGUGGUUAUCAUGUAUUGCUUGCUAAUAUAUACGCCAAAGCUUCGAUGUGGGACAAAGUGGCGAAAGUCAGAGUUGACAUGGAGAGGAAAGGACUUCAGAAAACGCCUGGUUGUAGUUUAGUGGAUUUAAGAAACGAGGUUCACACAUUUUACUCUGGGAGCACGAGGCAUCCUCAAUCUGAGAAGAUCUAUAGUUAUCUUGAAACGCUUAUUGAUGAUAUCAAAGUUGCCGGUUAUGUGCCUGAUAGUAAUUCCAUUCAUGACGUGGAUGAGGACGUUCACGAGCAGUUGCUCAACAGCCAUAGUGAGAAGCUUGCUAUUGCAUUCGGGCUUCUGAAUACCAACCCAGGUACAACUAUUCACAUUAGGAAGAAUCUUCGGGUCUGUGGGGAUUGCCACAAUGCGACAAAGUACAUUUCUCUUGUGACUGGACGGGAAAUCGUUGUGCGUGAUAUGCACCGGUUCCACCAUUUCAAGAGUGGAAGUUGCUCAUGUGGAGAUUAUUGGUGAAUGAAUAGGUCAAAGUCUUGAUUCUUGGGAGUUGCAACACUAUGUUUGGUGGAGAUUUUUCAGGGAAAAUAGAAUUUUUGAUGAAUCAUCACAAUGUCAAGCUCAACCCUAAAUUUGUCAAACUUUGAAGCCUUGAAUACCAGAGGACACAGAAGGUUUAACAAUCUCUGGCCAAUAUACAACCAGGCAUAUUUGAUUAGUAGGAUUAUAGUAUAUGAUUAGAAUAUGGGCCCAAAAUCUUAUAUUUAAUUGUAAAUUUUAUUAUCCAAAUUACAUGUACGGCGAACAUUCAAUCCAAUGAAAUCGGUAAAUUUUUAAUAUUGA